GAUUUCCCGUGAGGCCACUGGGACACGAAGCUGCGUCUCCAUGACAGCCGUGUUAUUGUUGUCGGUGCUAACUCUGCGGUUAACGAAAGCUAACGUUAUCCGCUCAUGUCUAAUAUUUAAACUGUUUUAUUUUUGUUUUUUUUGUUUUACUGUAGCGACGUCAACCUAACGGGGGAUGUCUAAUGAGGAACUACACGACGCUGUACGUGCCUUGCUGAUGUUUCAUCUCUGCGUCCAUGUAGCGGCUGCUGGCUUGUUUUUACACGUAGCCUCCUUCUUCAAACACUAGAAACAACGUUAGCAUCUCUAAACCAAAUCCAGCUUUUUUUAGGAUUCAGCUGCAGGAUCUGAAGACAAUGUCAGACCUCCUCCUCCUCCUCCUCUUUCUGAACUGUUCCCAGCAGCGAGACGUGGAGGAGGCCAGCAUGAGAGAGGAGGGCUUGAGCCUCUAAACACGGGAGACAAAGGAGGAUGAUUUCACGAUACAACAGGAGACCUGUAUCGCACAAGCUUGAGAUUCGCGGGCUGUCCCGAAGCAGCCUCGACCACCACCCUCUCCCAGAGGAAGCAGACGAUAACCAAACUCCACAGCGCUACCUCCAUGACCUCCAGGAAGCUGUCUCUGCUCACAACAGCUCAGAGACGUCUGCUGCCUCAGGCCACUCUGACUGUCCCACCGUCAUCUCAGUAGACUCCAACCAGUCCUGGUCAGGUAUCCACAGCUCCACGGGCACUGGCAUCUCCACAGAGAGGAGCUCUGUUUUUUCCUGGGGCUACGAUGAGUUCGACAAGGCGGCGUCAAGGCAGGUGCAGCAAAUGUUUGAGGAGAUCGACAAAGAGCUGUACGAGGGGAGAGGCAACGGGGGAGGGAUACUCCAGGGGCUACAGGAUGAAUGUCAACAGUGGGCCACACGUUUCCCACACCUUCGGAUCCUGGGGACUCAGCUGGUGUGUCCCAGUGAUGAGGGGUUCCAGUGGUACGCUACUUCAGGGAAAGACAGCUACCCAUCAGGAGGCAAAGAGAGCAGCGUGAAGUCCCAGGAGAAAGAUAAGAGUGGCACAGACUUGAAUGUACAGGGCAGAAGAGCAGCGCUGAUAAAGUCCUCCUCUGCAGAGUUGGAUACAGCUCCUGGCACCUCCAGUGGCUCCAGCAGGCACGACAAGCCAAGAGUGAUUGAAGUGGAGGGUCUGAUGGAGGAAUACCUGGCUUUUGAUAGCAGGGACUCGGAUGACGAGUGGGAGCAUGUGUGUUUGGAGUCUGGACGGAGGCAUCACUGUCUGCCCCCCGUCUCGCCAUACCGGUGUCGCCGUCAAGCUGUUCUUGACCUGCUCUUUGACGACGUGUGGCGGCAGCUGGUUGGUUGGAUGAAAGAGCUGGUUCAACGCCACUGGGAGUGCUGCACCUCAAAUGAUGAAAAGAUUUCUGGAAACUUGAGCCCCGUGCAGCAAGACUCCCAGAAUCCCUUCAUGCUGUUCUCCAUGUUGCCCACGAUGCUGCCCAAACUUGGCCAGAGCAGGGGGCCCCCGCUCACAGCUGGCCUGCCGUUCCAGAACACAAAGUCAAGGGGCUCAAAGCACAAGUCCAGACGGAAAUCCAAAAAGCAGAAAAGGCCCUCCACUGCUGGAAGAGUCCCAGUAGGAGCAGCCGCGACCCAGCACAACCUGAACGACCUCAUCGUGAUCCACAGCAUCCCCCUGCAGCAGAGGAACCUGGGUGUGCUGGAUAGAAACCACGAGCCAGAAGAGCGGCCGUGUCACAGACCAGGCUCCAGCGUAGUUCCCACAAGCAAACCCCGGCCACGGCGAUCCCUGGAGCAGAGCUCUUCCUCACUGUCCCGCCCGGCGCAGUCCGCCCGACGUAGAAACCCUCCUCCCCGAACCCUCCUGCCACUGGUACCCAGCCUGAGUCAGUCCAGCACAGCAGGAUCAAUGGACGAGGUCGUCCGCGGGACACGUCUAACCACGGCCAGCGAUCGCCUGACAUCUCCACUGUUGCCUCUGAGCAGGAACACACUCCUUCCCCCUAUCGGCACUGGAGAGCCAGAGUCAUCUCACUCAGGGCAGCAGUCCAAACCUGCACAGGUCAGAAAGUCCAGCCGUGCCCACAGUGCUGUAAAUGACGAAGCUGGCAGUUCAAUACCAAGAGAUCGGCACCACAUGCUAGACGUCUUCUCUCGCCCUAACACCACUCUCACAUACAGGUCGGACACUCCGUACCGUCGUUCCUUCACAGUAUUGGACAACAUCGGGCAGGGGCGGCCAGGCAGAGCCUCCGUGGGCACAGACUCUCUCGGAAUCGGUGUGACCGGCAUCAGUCUUGGCAUCAGCAGCUCAUCUUUUUUGGACUCGUUUUCCCACCACCCCUUGGGGCACUCCCCCAUCAAAGACGAAGAGGAGCCAGACCCGCAGGCCCCCGUCCCAGCUCCACUGGUGCCUGCGUCACUCCCGCCUCGGUCUUACACCCGGGGAGGCAUCUCAUCCAGGGCCAGCAGACCCGGCUUGUAGUUUGCCUCCAAUCUUCAGACACUUCAGCCAUUCACAUUUUUACAACACAACAAAAGUGCAAAACUCUGCAGCAUCUGUGCCCACUGAACUUUUAUUUAUUUAAUUUUUUUUGUUACAGAAGUAGCAGAACUUUUUUCAUAUUAAGCUGCUCUGGUGAAGUUUUUGUUAGAAGCCUAUUUUUGUAUUUCAGAAAUCAGCUUAUGUGGCUGCCAAACACAAGUAACUGUCAACAGUAACAGUAACUAACUCAUCUUCAUGUACAGUAUGAGCUGUAUGAGUGGACAUUUCUACUAUGUAUGUAUGUAUGAUUUGAAUGUGUAUAUAUCUAUAUCUAUUUAUAUGUGAAAGUACUGUAUAUUAUCCUCUGCGGUGUGUUGUUGGACUGGUAAAUGACUAUGCAGGGAAUAACACAUCCACCCAGACAGGGACAUAGAGAGGAUGAAAAGCACUUUUUUCCCUCUUUGAUGCUGCAUCAGAGAGUUUGGUACUGUAUCUUUUAUAAGAACACAAUUUUCAACCACCCUGUGUAACAAAAGAAAAUGACCCAGAGCGACUCAUUGCGUAUCGUUGCACACUGGCAUGAGAACAAGAGAUGCUACCUUGCAAGUUCAUGGUUGCCUUCGUCUCCAUUAAAGCUCAGUUAAAAUAUAAAUAUGGAGAAACAAGAGGCGGUUACAACAUGUGUAAAUAACAAAGGGAUUUGUUCAUUGUGUCUGUACAAAUGACUGUAUUUGUGGUAAUUCAUAUUUCCUUAUACUCUGAGAAAAGCCAUGUGGGGAUGCUUUGGCAGGUGACAUCAGGGUUACUGCACAAAGGGUAGUUUUCCUUUCAUUUGUAAUUAAAAUAUUAUAUCGGACAGCCAUGCAACAAAGGUGACAAAGCUUGAAAUCAAAAGCUUUUCUUCAAUGCAUUUUCUUUGAUUCUAUUUGAUAUAAAAAAAGAAUAAAAGCUGUGUACAAAUGA